AUGAGGAGGCGCGAUGUUGACGUUCUAAGAUGGCUGCUGGGCCGCCGCUUCCCGGCCGAAGAAAAGAUGUGGAGUGGGCUGUUACCUCCUGGAUUAAAUGAAAGCGAUGUUGAGUCAGAUCCUGAAGAUGAAGCCACACUAGAGAAUCCAGGACUUACAGAACGUAAUUCACAGGAAGAUGGAAAGACUGACAGCACUCAGUCAGAUUUCCCAGCAGGCAGUCCAAACCCUGAAGCUGAGGCUGAUGCAGAUGCAGAUGCAUAUGAAAAAUGUCCCUCUGGGAUUCCCCUGGACAUGUGGAAUAAAUUCCAAGAAUUGCAUAAAAAACACUCUGAACAGAAAAAUUCAGCAUCAAGAUUCAGACAGAAAAAGAGAAAACGCCACAGAAAAGGCAAAUUGAAGAAUGAAAAAGAAUCUCACAGUGAGCAGUCCUCAAGUGAAACCCAAUGGGAGGAGCUUACUCAGUAUUUUGGAGCCAAUGAUAGAUUUGAACCCCCUGUUAAGCAGAAAAAAGUUGAGAAGUCAGGCCUUGAAAAGAGGAUAGACCAAGCUGUGGAGGAAUGGGAUGUUGAGAAGGCUGAAGAGCUCAGCAACCAGCUAGCUACUCGAGAGCUUGGUGUAAAAAUUGCCAAAGCAAUUGCCUGCCACAAGUUCGUUAAAGCCAAAAAGGAGGCUGAAAACUCACAGGCUGCUCGAAAGAAGAAGAAACUGGCGUGGGGGUUUGAAGCAAAGAAGAGAUGGGAAACUAAAAGCAACAUGGGAUACAUGUAGCCUUACAGAGUUCUUCAGGACAUUUAUUGAUAGACUGCCAUGCUUCAUUUUCCAAAGAGUUUCCUGCCUAGGCAAAAAGUGUCAGAAAAUUGAUAAGGGUGGGAAAGAUAACCCUGAAACUUGGGGGCUGAUCACUAACUCUUCUCAGUCUUUUUCCUAAGAAGUUUGUGAAGUCAAUGAACAUUUUUAUAUUCGUGUGAAACUUUAAGCAUAUGUAUAAGAUAAAAGGAUAGGGUUUUAUUUAUUUGUAUAAGCCUGCAGUUUAAAAUCAAUUUUGUGUUUCAUCUGUUUGGUCUAUCAUAGCCUGUGAGGUCCUUGUACUUGCUUAUCUGUUCCUAGCAUGGCUGUACUUUUUCUAGAAUUGUGUUGUUCAGAUUGGCUUUUGUUUAUAAUGGAUUAGUCAUAAAUAGAAAAAUUCUCAAUUGUUACUGACUUUACAAAUGGCUUUAAUUACUUUAAUGCUAUAGAAAUAAUUAUUGAUUCUUUUUGGAGGCAGUAGAAUUAGUGGUUUGCUGUCGCAUAGUAAAAGCAAUUGAUUAAUUUUGGGUAAUGUUAAUGGAAAUAGUUACAGUAAAAAGUGGACAUAAUGUAUCUGGAGAAUGAUUCAAAUUGGGCUUUGCUUGAAAACAUCUUUCUAAAUAUCUCUCAACCAUGUCAUUGUUUAAAUUAUGAUUGUUUUCUGAAAAGGAAAUGGUCUGAUUGUGCUAAUAGAUAGUUAUAACUCAGGAUAUCAUAACUUUGGAUUGUCUAACAGCUCAUUUGUUUUUACCUCUUCCCCCACUACUUUUUAAAUAGAAUGAACUAAUACCUGGGAAGUCAUUGUCUUAGGUAUGUGUUUUACAGUCCUAAUGGGAAGAGGGUUUGAAAAGUCAUUUGAUAACUGGCAAGACUAAAUGUGGACACUAUGAAAAAUGAGUCAUGAUUAUAAUUACAUUAUUUUUAGACUUAGCAGUAACAGUUUUAUUAAUUUAUGGUGAUAUGUAAAUUUUUUAUAUAAAGAAUAAGUGAAUAAUUUGUUGCCAAGUGUCAUUGUCCAAGUGUUGCUAGGUGUUGCACACCUUUAAUACCAAUACUUGGAGGCCGAGGCAGGUGAAUCUUUGUGAGUUUGAGGCCAGCCUGGUCUCCAGAGUGAGUUCCAGGGCAGCCUGUCUCAAAACCCUGUCUCAAAAACAAACAAAUAAAACAAACAAAAAAGGAGUUAAAAUGUCAUUUAGUUGAGAAAAACCAUUGUACAAAGAAGCAAGAUCUAAGAGAUUGGAUAACCACUGA